UUUUACGUUUUACGUGUGCUUUCGAGUGAAUAUGGAGUACACAACAAGUCCGAUUGAUUUAACAUACAAAAACAUUCUACGGAAGUUCUUCAUGGCGGACGAAAAAUUGAUUGCGCAACGAAACGAGAGAAUAGAGAAAGCGUUCCAAUUUGUUGUGCACAAUACACCGAAUCGUGACCUGUCUGAAUAUUUACAAGAUGUCGUAAGGAAUAAGGUUGCUUCUUUUGAAAUAACUUUUUUCAAAAAGUGGCGAGCAUCCAAAUGCAAAUCCGUAGCAGAGUUCGAGCAACAGCACGAGAAAUGGAUUCACCUGGAUCUGAAGCUCCCACCAUCAAUCACAUCAGUAAACAGUCGUGAAACAACACGUGAUAAAAAAGGGUUUGGUCAACUGUCGGACCGGCAGAAAAAUCGAAGGGUUGACGAGGAUUUGAAUGGCUUUGAUGUGGAUCAAUUAUUGUUGGCAUCGUCCAAAGCAGCGCAGAGUUCUAACGAAUUAGAUUUGUCGUACGUGUUGAGAUUGCUGUAUCAUGACCACAAUAAAGCAACUAUACUGCGAAACCUUGUGGUGAUCACAGUUUGCCAUUGAAUUGUCAAGCAUCAAGUAGCCUGUGAUCCAGCCUAUAUAUACCAUGUACAAUGCGUCAAUAAAUCAUAAUAUUCCCGGCCUUGGCCGAAGACACAUCUACUGAGUUUCAUUAGUAGAUCUGUAUUAGUUGACUGUAGACUUUCUAUAUGGUUGAGAUUAGCUCCCAUAUAAUUGGUGACCCCAACAAAAGUU